CAACAUGGUUUAUAACAGGUAAUCAGAUCAUGCACAAGGCAAUACAGGUUAAAAUGUGUUGAUGAAGAAUGUCAAUGGAAUCUAUACGCUUCAAAGAUUGGUUACACAAAAGCAUUUGUGAUCCGCAAAUUUGUUGAUAUUCAUACUUGCCGUUUGGAAAAGAGAAUGGGCAGUCAAUGUCAAGCUAGUUCAACCGUCAUUGCAAAUAUUAUAAAACAUAAGUUCAUUGAUGUGAAGACGAUUUAUACACCAAAUGACAUUAGGCGAGACAUGAAAAAUGACUACAGUGUUGAUAUGGACUAUUGGAGAGCUUGGAGAUGUAGAGGAAAAGCUAUUGAUCUAAUAAGAGGAACACCAAAAGAAUCAUUUGCGCAACUUCCAAGUUAUUUACACAUGGUAAAAACAACAAACCCCGGAUCCUAUGUAAAAUUAGAAACUGAUGAAGAUUCUGCUUUUCUAUAUGCAUUCAUGGCACUCAAUGCAUCAAUAAAAGGAUGGAAACAUUGCAUGCCUAUUGUUGUAGUGGAUGGAACAUUCUUAAAAGGUCCAUAUGGUGGAACACUACUUGCGGCUUCGACCCAUGAUUCAGCUGGAAAAAUUUUCCCUCUUGCCUAUGCAGUGACAGACUCUGAGAAUAACAAUUCAUGGAAUUGGUUUUUUGAAAGUAUGAUGGAAGUUUACGGUGUGAGAGAAGGAAUGUGCAUAAUUUCAGACCGACAUGAAAGCAUAAAAAAUGCAAUAACAGAUGUGUAUGGUGAAGAAGUUAAACAUGGGGUAUGUAUUUUCCAUUUGCUUAACAAUUUGAAGGUAAAAUUUAGAAGAAAGCAAAAGGAAAUAAAGGACAUAUUUCUAGCUGCUGCUAAGGCCUACACAGAAACAGAAUUUAACUACCAAAUUGCAGAAAUGGAUGCUUUGGACAGUCGAGUAAAACCAUAUCUUGAAGAUGUGGGAUAUGAAAAAUGGGCAUUAUCAAAAUCAGUCCAUAAUAGAUUCAAUAUCAUGACAUCAAACACAGCUGAAUCAUUGAAUGCCGCCAUCAACAAAGCAAGAGAGCUACCUGUCUCAAUGUUAUUUGAAUACUUGAGAAGCUUAACUCAGAGAUGGAGUUAUAAAAACAGACAUUUGGCAAGAUGUACAAUUACAACACUGAUGCCUAAACAUGAAGAAAGUUUGAGGGAGAGCUUCAUAAACUGCAUUAAACUAGAGGUGGAGCAAACAAGUGAUGAAAUAUUCAAAGUUAGUAAUGGUGACAAAACAAACACAGUCAAUAUUAUGGAAAGAACUUGUACAUGCAAAAGGUUUCAAUUGGAUAUGAUACCGUGCAUACAUGCUUUAGCUGUUUUUAAUGACAGGCAUCAGGAUCCUUAUAAAUACUGCUCAAAGUAUUACACAAAGAACGAAAUGCUAGCUGCUUAUGAAGACAUAGUCUAUCCAAUUGCAAAUGAAGAAUCAUGGGAUAUUCCAAUAGAAAUAAAAAAUCAAGUUGUUCUAACACCAAAGGGGAAGGUUAAAGCAGGUAGACCAAGAAAACAAAGGAUCAAAGGACCAACUGAAAAGUCAAACAAAAACAGAUGUGGAAGAUGUGAAAAAUAUGGUCAUAAUAAGAAGACAUGUAGAAAUCCUCCAAAAAAUUGA